GAAGAGGGAGUAGACUAAAUAUUAUUAGCAGAAAGGUAACAAACCGCCGAAUCCCAGUCGUAGGAGGGCGACACGGUGGUGGGAACAAAAAUAUUAUGGCACAAUCUAAUAGGACCCGCUUUGGCACGUAUUAAAAAAAAUCAACGAUUAAGCUACACCAGUGGUGCAGAAAUCGGAAACGUCAUCCUGUCUGGAAUUAUUAGUCAACAAAAGUACAUUGUUGCAAAAAUAAUAAUUUGACUGUUACCCGUUCGGAUCGAAAUGGUAAUCAAGGUUUACAUUGCAUCCUCUUCUGGAUCUGUUGCGGUGAAGAAGUAUCAGCAGGCUGUCGUGGGCUUCCUGGAGUCUAAUCGCAUCUCCUUCCAGGAAGUAGACAUCACUAUGCUGGAGGACCAGAGGAUGUGGAUGUACCGGAACAUUCCCCAGGAGAAGCAGCCACGAAAGGGCAACCCUCUCCCGCCGCAGAUCUUCAACGGAGACCACUACUGUGGGGACUACGAAGACUUCUUCCAGUCAAAAGAGAACAAUACCGUAUUUGCAUUCCUGGGCCUUCAUUCCCAACCCUCGGUGAAAGAUUCAGAGUCGUAGGAGUCCCCGUCGAUGCCUCGAGGAACCCCGAGGAACCCAGAGGAACCCUGAAGCACUGAGGCUGAUCGUCCCUCCACCACCUUCACCGCCUCGUUUACCCCCUCAGUGAAGGUUCCCCACCAGAUCUCCUGGAGAUGCCACCACGUUGCCAAACAUCAGAGCUCCACUGCUUCCCAUUGAAACCAUUCCACCCACCUUUCACUGAUACACCUCAAGUCUAACCCGCCGGAGUGGGGCGUGGAGAGAUAGGUCUAACACUUUUUUAGAUGUUACUUCCUUGUAUUUGUACAACUUCUGAUACUGAAAGCGUGAUGUUUAAAGUUAUGUAUUCUUUGUGUAACAGAACUCAAAUGUAGCUCCUUUUGAAUCACUAGAAGUGUAUGUAGCUGUUGUGAGUUCCCCAGUCUAUGUAGCAGUACUGUGAGAUCUUCAGUGUAGUAUGUGGCAGUAUUUCUCACAUGGCUUUUGAACGGGUAGUACAACCAUGCAGACAGAAAGACAACACUAAUGUGUGUGUGUGUGCCUGUGUGCAUGUGUGUGUGUGUCAGAUAAAGGUUGUUAAUGAAGGCUGUGAGAAGUGAAGGAAACUGAGAGGGAGCACUUAAUGCAACCUGAGACAACCUGGGGGCUAGCGUAGGUGUGUGUGUGCGCUUGGGCGUGUGUCUAUGGACAUUAUUUGUGUGAAAAGAUGGAGUGGUGAUCAAACUACGAGUGACCUUGGACAAUGACUGCAUGGUCUAAAAGAAAACCACAUCUCCCUCAUGUUGUUUGUUUUUCUUCAUUUAUCCACACUGUCAAACUUUCACGUGCAAGACUAUAAUAGCUGCGAAAGGAUUUUUCCACCACCGUCUACACUGUGGUGAAUGGUGUGGUGAAUAGUGGCCAUAGUGUCCCAGACAGAUUUGCGAGGGCGUUUCUGUUGUGUCUCUCAAAAGUAAAACACAAACAACAGCAGCAUCCCAUCCCAUUUUCUAUAAGUAGACAGUGGACGGGGAAAGAGACAGUCACAUGAUGUAUGAUCCUGCCCCCUGGAUUAAGCAGAUGGACAGAUGCUUUAUCUUUCAUUUGCGGUAUGUUUUCUCUCUUUCUCUCGUUCUCUCUCUCACUCCCUCUUUCUCUCUGUCUCUCCUCUCUCUCUCUCUCUCUCUCUCUCUCUCUCUCUCUCUUUAAUUGUCUUCAACCUGUCACUGCAUAGAUUCCGUUCACCUUAAAGGAUAAUGCAGUUGCAUAAACAUUUCAACAAACGGUCUUUCCCCCAUCCCUGUAACUCUCUCUCUCCUCAUUUUCUCCCCCACUUCCCUCUUUCCCCUUAUUGUGCUGAUUCACUCUUAUUAAAUUAUCAUGGCUGGACGAACAAUCAUUUUGUGCUUACACAUGAUGGACACACACAGGCCCUUUUGGCCUUCAGAGAUCAUACACAAACACAUGCGAAGAGACCCAUUUUGUAGCGCCAUCUUGUGAAUUCAUGUGGAAUUAUAUUCAUGUUUAGAGUGAGAACCACACAUUCCAAAGUAAAACUUGCUUGCAUACUGUAAAACAAAAUGAACAUUCCCUUUGCGGUAUUUGCACUGUAUAAGAAAUAAAAGGGUACAUAACAGUUGUUUGUUGAUGCAUGCUGUGUACUGUCUCUAUGGGGUUUAUGUAGGCUUACUGUAUUAGAUCAAAUUUGCUGGACAAUCUGUGUACUGUCUGUUUGGCAUGCUUGCUUUGCUCUUUAUUGCAUGCUAACUCUGGCAGUAUAUGCAUACGUUUUGACCUUAAAGCAACCACAAAAGUCUAGUAACAACCCAUAUUUUUACGGUGAGAUUGGGGUCUGAAAAGAUAAGUAACAGACGGUAUAAACAUUACUGUAUAGGAUGGCUCCUCAGACUCCCUACAGGCUCAUGUCGUUUUCCCCAUAUUGAUACAUUUCAUGCUUUCAGUUCGCCAUACCAUGGCGUGGGUCUGGCAAACACAGAUUUCAGGUUAUUUUACCUGUGACAAUCACUACAAAGUAUAUGUUCUGCCUGCCGGUACUGCUGUUGAUAAAAGUGACACACCGUGAUGUAAACAACAAUCAAAAAAAUAUUUUGGUUAUACUUUUCACAUGUUUUUUAAGGGAUUAUUUAUGUUGUCAAAUUUGACCAAUAAAACUUUAUUUUAAACAGAAUGUAUCUUUUUAUGUAGUCUGAAGUCAUAAUGAGUCAUCUUUAUCAAGCACUUAGUGUGCUAGGGCUACCAUUUUUUCACAUGGCCAUUUAAUGUAAUUGUAAUGACAUGAAAUUACCCUAAAACCAUGCUGAAAUGUCAGAUUAAAUUCAGCUAAUACUACUGUCAAUUCAUAUAAUCUCUUUUAGUUGUAUUAAAGAAGCAAAGUCAUCUAAGCCAUGGUUUGUACAAGUUUCCUCAUUGCAUCCAAGUGCAUAAACUAUGUAGCUUACCGAGUAGUUAACCAAUUCUGCUAGCCACUGUAAAUACAGGACUGUAGAUAUAGCUACAUAGUCGCCCUACCCUCUAAGCCAACAAGGGAUAACCAAAAGAAGUAUCAACUCUUUGUUUGUGAGGAGACAGCCAGAGUUGAAUCCUGAUGACUGGACACCUCUACAUGAGACACGUCUAAGUGACACAUCACUUAGAUGUGUCGUACUGGGGGGAGACGACACUGACAAGGAGCACAAAUGGCUCAGGAACGAAAACCAGUUGAUCCCAGUUUACUCGUCUACUGGGAAUGAGUACAGAAUCACUAACGCUGAAAUAGAACACAAUGGUAACCACAGCAAUUCAAAGAAGCAGCCCGUACAACUCUGGCACCGGUCAUCUGGUACAGUAAGUGUCCUUCCAAUUGUGGCACAUUCUCAUUUCUCUCCACUUUCUCCUGUCACCUUCCCAGUGUUUGACACCAUGAUUGGUGUUAUCUCUUUUCUCGUGGACAGAUUAAGCUCCAGUGUUCAGCUUUGUAAAAUAUCUGUCCUUCUGUUCCUCCCCUUUCAUCUGUUUCUCAGGGCCUUCGUGUUUUUGCAGAUAUUCGAUGUAUUCAUGGUAUGAGGAAAGCACUGCGUCCUCACAGUGGUUUUUUGAUCACAAGGAGUGGAGAUAGGAUUUGUCAUUAUUUCCCAUGAGAUCACUAAGGUAUACAAACAAGCUGGUUUGAAUGUAAAGUUAGAAAGAUCUUAGUGUACAUGUUACCAGGUUGUCAACAUUGGGAUGUGUGUCUAUUUAUAACGUACAUCCACUGCCUGGGUGCAAUUACGCCGUCUGUAAAUUAUUGUAACCCUGAAGCACUGGACCCAUACUAGAUGCCACAUGACAUUCUAUUUGCAUAACACACAAAAGUCAAAAUCUGUGUGGAUGUUAUUGUAUUACAUAGGUAUUCCUCCAUGUCACAUUUCCAUUCCAACCUCGGUGUCUCCCACAAGAAAGACAUAUCAAAGUUAAACAACUUGGAAAGACAUGUAUUUAUUGCUUAAUAUGUAUUGUGUUUUUUUCAUUUAUAAAACAAACAUUUCAAAUAAGACAAUGUUGGUGAGCGGUUUUCUUUUCUUGGUUAGAGCUUGAGGAAAGCCUCUACUGUCUCAUCUUCCAGUGCAGUGUCAAA